UUUACGAUCCGAUGGAAGAUGUUUUAACACAUGUCGAUGAUUCUUACAUAGUUCUUGAAACAAUAACUAGCCGACAAAUUUUCUUGAGCGUUAAGCGCCCCGAAAAAAAUGCUGAAGAGUCCUCAGUUAAAAAGCAGUCGAAGCCUAGUAAGUUGAAGCCAUCAGUGAAGUUAUACAACAAUUACAGCGACUUCACCAGAGAAACAUUUAUAGACCGUACGCUUGAAAAUCCUCAAGAGCGUGGACUAGUGGCCAAGGUUGCAAGAGACUUAAAUAUUAAUUACCGCACUGUGUUAAGAUGGUGGAAGUAUUACCAAGGGGCAGAAGAGGUUGAGCAUAAAAAGUCUGAACAAGACAGUGGUCCAAAAAGCCCAUUUACAACCGAGCAUAACGAGUAUAUAAAAGAGCUACUCGAUAAUGACUCCCUGUUAUAUUCAGACGACAUAAUAAUUAGUUUGACCGAGCGAUUUGAAGGCUUUACUAUAUCAAAGUCGCAACUUAAUAACCAUUUACGAAACACAAUGCUCAUCACUAUGAAAAAGCCGAUGUUUGAGCCUGAAGUCAGAAACUCAGUGGGAAAUCUACAGACGAGAUUCGAGUGGUUUAUGGAACGGAAAGAUUCUAAUCUGGAUUUUACAAAAAAUUGUAUUUUCAUUGAUGAAGCUGGGUUUCAUAUUAAUAUGAGGAAUAAUUGAGCUAGUUCAAAAAGUAGCAGCUCUGCUAUAGUAAAACAACCAAAAACUAGAGCGCAAUCUCAUAUCGUUAUUGAGACUAUUCACUCGUCUAGCGUUGUUCACGCUGUUAUAAGAAAACCUCCACCAAGAAAAAAAAAACACAGGCUACUAAAAAAAAGAGAGAAAAGCUAAUAAUGGAAAGAAGAGAACCGCAGCCGAGAUUAGUAAAGAGGAUCCAGAAGACUAAAGGCCCUGUUUUACCCCGCCAAAAACAUCCCUAAACAAAGACACUUCCUUUACCAAACUUCGUUUUUACCGUGAAUUGAGACUCAUCUAACCAGAUUACGUUGUCCCAGUUAUCAAGGGAAUGAUUAAGGUGAUUUUGGCACCAGUCCAUGCGUUUUUUUUACAUUCUUUUCCUUCAUAAAAGGUUUGUGAACAG